GGACGGCGAGGACGGCGAGGAAGGCAGGAUGACAGAGUGCGGCCGUCGCGUUGUCUCCGCCUGUCCGGCUGGAAUGAGACUCCUGGAAGGACCUUCCGUCCCACGCUGGAAGCGCUGGAAGCAGUGGCACACUGCUUAUAAGCGCCACCAGCGCGGCACUCGCGUUCAGUCCCACACCGCGCGCCCAACCCAAGGGACGCCGAGGACCGCGUCGAGGACCACGCCGAGGACCACGCUGAGGACCGCCCACGGGAACAGGACGACAUGGCCACAUCCGGGGUGCUGCUGGUCGGGGUGAUGGUGACCCUGGCCCUGCUGGCGCAGCCUGCCCUCCUGGUGCCCGUCGAGGCGCCCGCGGCCGAGGCGGAGCAGGCGCAGCAGGGCCCCGCCGUGCUGCACCGAGUCAGGAGAGGUGGAUUCGGGGGUGGCGGCGGUGGCUUCGACCUCAGCAGCUUGAAGAGCAGCUUCGGCUCGCUGGGGGGCGGCGGAGGCGGCAGCGGAGGUGGCUUCAACCUGGGCAGCCUCACCAGCGGCUUCGGCGGCAAUGGAGGAGGCGGCGGCUUCAACCUGGGCAGUUUGAAGAGCAGCUUCGGCUCCCUGGGGGGCGGCGGUAGCGGCGGCGGCUUCAACCUUGGAAGUCUGACGAGCGGCUUCGGCGGCAAGGGAGGCGGCGGCGGCGGCGGUUUCGACCUCGGCAGUUUGAAGAGAAGUUUCGGCUCGCUGGGCGGCGGCGGCGGCAGCGGCGGCGGUUUUAACCUCGGAAGUCUGACCAGCGGCUUCGGCGGCAAGGGAGGCGGCGGUGGCGGCGGCUUCAACCUCGGCAGUUUGAAGAGCAGCUUCGGCUCCCUUGGGGGCGGUGGCGGCGGCGGCGGAUUGAACCUGGGUAGUCUGGGGAACAGCUUCAACUUGAACAGCCUGAAGAGUGGUCUUGGCGGCGGAGGCGGAGGAGGUGGUUUCAACCUGGGCAGUCUAGGAAGCAGCUUCAACCUGAACAGCCUGAAGGGUGGCCUGGGCGGCCUGGGCGGCGGCAGUGGCGGCGGAUUCAACCUGGGCAGCUUGGGCAGCUUGAGCAGCCUCAAGGGAGGCCUGGGUGGGGGUGGUGGGGGCUUCAACCUGGGGUCCCUGAAAGGCUGAGCAGACGCAAAACGGUCCCCCUGCGCGACCAAUGACGCUCGAAGGCUGUAUACCAAAGUCGGAUGGGACUCCUGCGCCACUGUAGCGCGCGCGCAUCUCCACGCGUCCGGCGUUCCGCGCCUUCCGCUAGCGGAGCUCCUUCGCGGCGCGCCACCUCGACGACAAUCAUAAACUGAACUGAAAGAAAGUGCUUCCCUCAUUUGUUUCGUCACGCGCGCGGCCCGCACGGCCCGCACGCCGGCGUGCGCGGAGUGGCGAUGGAUGAGGACGCCCUUGCGUCACUCGCCGCAUCGAGGCGACGCGUGACCGCACCGCCGAGUGCGCACACGCACGCACACGCACGCACACGCCUCGACCGCGUCUUUCUCUAAUGGGUCUCGCACUCGAACUCGCACCGCAAGCAUUCCGCGGGCGACUCCUCUAAACGGCCGCACUGUAGUGACGACGUCAGGAUCGACCCUAAAGUGAGUGUGAUGUUCCAGAAGCGCGCGGGGUAACACCUCCGCCGCUCUCGAACCUCCGAACUAACGGUUCACCCAUGACUGUCCGUACUCAUCUCAUGGUUCAAUCGCCAUACUAAGCUCAACUAUCCCACUCCCCAAAAAAAUGAAAUUGGUGGUGGCUGCUGACUGCUCUUGGUUCACGCGCCCUGCAUGAGAGCAACGUGCACACUGCCUGCCAACGACGUCCCUGUUCCGUAUUGUGAUGAUGUGUACUUUUUUGUUUUGUAUUGAUUUUCAGUGUGUAAUAAAGACUGGUUUCGAUAUGGAGUUUUU